GUAAACAUGCAAUUUACUGACCGCAGUUAUUAUAAUUAAAGUGCUUUAUGGGCAGGAGGAUUUUUUUUUGCAGUAUUAUUGACAUAUUAACAUACGUUUCAGACUCAAAAACAUCGACACUCUGUCCUGUUAUGUACAAACCGAGCUCAGCGUGAUGCUAAGUUAGCUUCACAACCAACAAGAUGAGCUUAAUACCUCCUCCCGGCUCAAUCAUAGCAGCUGACUGGCAUCGAUGUGCAGACAGCAAAGAGUAUUUCAGCAAAAUCCUUCGCAAGAUGAGACGCAAGAACUUCGGCCUGUUGGAGUCUCCAGUGAUGCCCCCACACGUAGCGGUGGACACAGUUCACUACAAGAUCUUCAUUUCAGGCAAAAGUGGAGUCGGGAAAACGACUCUUGCUGCACGUCUUGCAGGCCUGAAUAUUCCUAACAUGCACUAUGAAACCACAGGUAUUGAGACGACAGUGGUGUAUUGGCCUGUGAAGCUGAGAGAAAGUGGCAGAGUGCUUUUCUUCCGUCUGCAGCUGUGGGACUGCGGAGAAAACGCCUUACGGAGAUUUGACCAUUUACUUCCGUCCUGUAAGGAGCAGGUGGACGCCGUUCUCUUCCUGUUUUCCUUCACUGACCGGAUGUCUUUUGAUGAUCUGUCCAACCAAAUUGCAAAGUGGACCGGGCCGUCUGUGGGCAGAGUUGUGAAAUUGGUGGUUGGCACAAAAUUUGACCUUUUCAUGCACUGUGAUGUGGCGGAGAGAGAUGUGAGGAACUUCCAGGAGACUUGGAGCUUACCGGUGCUGCGUACCGGUGGGGAGGUCAGUGACGGCCUGGGUGAUGUAGCCCCAAUCCUCAACUGCCUGGCAGAGAACCUGUGGCAUCAGGACUGUGUCACAGCUGGAUCAGCUGGCCACCACACACAGCAAGAGACAGGGACCCUAUUUUGAUACUGAACAUGUUUUUAAACAGGUGGCAGUUGAAGUGGAUUGGACUCGAGGUGAAGUCUGGUUGUCUUAUCUUUGAGGGACGGUACUUAUAGUAGCAGCUGGUCUGGGAGGAUGCUGCUGUUGAGAUCUGUUCUGUUUUAUGUGGUCAUCACAUCAUCAAUCAUCCUAUCAUUUCAGCAGGGUGUUGAAUCAUGAUAUGAGAUCAAGUAUUGACUGUGAUUGUGGUUAUAUGAAUGUGAUAGUGGUUUAAAGUUGUUCCAUUGCCUUGCCUUUUUUUUUGGCCUAAAGAUAAAAUAUUCAGUAUUUAUAAAAAGAGGUCUGGUUGAAUGAAAUGUACAGUGAACACUUCAUCUGUGUCCAUAAAAUAAUGUAUUUUGCUUCUUGUUCCUUCACUUGGAUGUUUGAGCUUCACUGUGCAGAAUGAUGUAUUUGCAAAGUUUGAUACUAGAAGGCUGUCACGCUCGUCGGCCUGCAGGUAUCAUUUGUGACAUCAGAACUAGUGUGGAGCCAAUCGUGGUCCCGUAUGCAACAUCCACAAGAGUGAUGGGGACAUUUAUUUGGGAAUUUUGGACAUUUUUGUAAUGAAAAAUAUUUAUAUAUUCGUAAAUACUGGAUCUUCGAAUAAGGAAGAAGUUGUAGAUGCUAUUUUAAGAAUUUUUAGUGGAGGAUAAUUCAACUUUUGUGGACACAAAUUAUUCAAAGUCGAAUUUUAUAUGCCUUCAAACAUCUAGUCAAACUAUUGCUUGAUAAGUAUUUAAUCAGUUAACUUGACAAGAUCAACUUUAGUUUUGUCAAGUUGUCUUAUUACUUAUGUCUUUUAGUUGAGAUUGUUAUUGCAUGAGGUUGAUCUGAUAUGGUAAAACAUUUAUUUUAUAUAGAAAAAGAGUGUACAUAGCUCAAGAGGCUAGCAUUUUAAUACAGGUAAUAACAUAAUCCCCAAAAAUAAAAACAUCACUUUACCAA